AAAGAGAUUAAAAAGAGAUUUUUUUAAUCUUUUUAUUUUGAAAUUUUUGUCAUCAAAGCUGUCAUGUAUGUAAAAAAUAGGUUAAACCCCAAUUUUGGUCCCUCAACUAUUGUACGGACCCCCGAUUCAGUCCCUCAACUCAAAAAAUCCCUGAUUUGGUCCCUACUGUUUACCAUUUUGACCCCGAUUUGGUCCUUCCGUCAAAUUUUUGCUGAGGUGGCUUAUUAACUGACGGAAUGAAAGUGACGUGUACAAAUAUUUAAUACAUCAACUGCCAACGAGGAUAAAUAAAUGAUGUGGCUAAAAUCCCGACCACCAAAUCAAAUAAAUAUAAUUAUUUAAUUUAUUAAAUUUACAAUUUUGCCCUCGUCUUCUUCCUCAGCAUCCUCCCUCUCAAAUCUUCUGAGUUCACUCUAAAUCAAACAUUCAAUUCAAU